AUGUCAACAUUUGUUGGUCAUCUGACGCGCGACCUGUCGCAGAGGAUCGUUCCGCCAACGACCAGCGCACCUCCGAGCCCACCAGGGUUGGAGAGCCACGAGAAACACUCGCUGCGGACGCUCUUCCUAGGUCUCAAUCACCCACUGUCUCUCGAUGAAGUGACGGGCUCUCUACACGCGUUACCGAAGUCCGAGCACUUCCAUGCCGCUCAAGCCGACGAUGAGGAGGGCGCGCUGCAGCGAGCCAUUCUUGGGCGACUGGCCGUGGAGCUGUACGGGCAUGCGCUGCACACAUUUCUGCAAGAGGCAAGCGAUGCAGAAAACGAGCUGGAGUGGUGGAAUGAUAUCGAACGCUCACGCGUGAAUUUGGCUAUGUACCUGUUGCAGACUCUCCCCGCACGUAUUAUCCGUCUCUCCAACACCAUCCUGUCAACGCUGAGAACACGCAACCUGCCAUUACACCUGUCCCUCCUCACGCCCUCAUCUCUCCGUCAAUUAUUCUCCUCGAGUAACAUACUCCGCCCCAAUCCCCUGACAAUUGCCCUCUUCCCUCACCUCCAUUACCAGCCUUACAGUAUCGCCCUUUCAACCGCCCACUUCCCAUCUACAUCUGCGUUCGCCACCUCCCCUCGAGCGAGCGUGGAAUCCGCAUUCAAAGCAAUGUCGACUUCGCUCUCUGAUUUUGCCCGGAGCGUCGUCGCGCUCAUCACGCUGCCUCUAGAGCUGACGAAGGGGGAAUGCAGGUAUAAGCAGCAAGAGCUCAAGCGCAUCCGCGACGAGCGAGCCGAGAUCCUCGGCACGCUCGCAGACAUGCGGGACCUGCUCGCGUCAGCGGUCGAUGAGAGUGCGCAGGAGCAGAGCAUGACGAAGCUCGCAGAGUUCACGAGCUCGCUGCAGGGCGCCGUGCAGGACGAGAGCGCAGCGCUAGAAACCAGCCCGGUGCAUUCGCUGCGGCUCGUCGCGGGCAUCCUGCUCCCGACACACAUAUCGAUUCACGCGGUGGACACGCGCGGGCUGAUGCGCCCCUCGCGGCUCACGCUACUCUGGCCGCGCCUCGUACUGCUCCCGCCGCUCGUGCUGUAUGGCGUGCGCAUGGCGUAUGCGUCGAGAGCGUCGCUGGAGGACGUGGCGUGGGAGGCGGUGAAGACGCUGCGCGGCUUCUGGGAGGGGUGGCUCAUAGAGCCCCUCAAGGGCGUUAUCGAUACCGUCCAGGCGAGCAGAGACGACGGGGUCAUUAUCACUCGGGAGAGUGUCAAGGCGGAUUUGAACUCUCUGGAACGCAUGACUUUGGCACUCGCGCAGGAGAAGCUGCAUUACGACGUACCACAGCUGCAGGCGCUCUCGCGCCAGGUUCAGCUUGGCGACCUGACCUCUGUCAUGCAGAUCUACGAGCAGGACAUCAAGAGCCCCUUCAACUCCGUCAUUAGAGGUACCCUACUCAGAUCGCUGUUCAUCCAGGUGCAGAAAGCGAAGGUGGACAUCGACCAAGCGCUCUCCGGCAUCGACAAGCUGCUCAAGUCGCAAGAAUUGACGUUCGCGUUUGUGGGUGUCGCACCUGCGUUCGCCAUCGUGUACGUUCUGGUAGGGUACAUUCGCAGCCUCUGGAUGGGUGGACGAGGCAGCGGGCGCUAUGGCGGGAAGAAGCGCAGGGCAAGUCUCUGGCUUAAAAUGCGGAGGAUCGAGCGAAUCCUCGUCGCGCAGCCCAAGUCGCACCACAACCGCCAGCACAGCAGCACGCCUCGCGACAUGCAGAUCCCGGCGCUGACAUCCGGGCUGCUGCUGCUGUCGCUCAGCCACCUCCGCACGUACGCGGAGAAGCAUCUCCCUGCGAACUCGCGCCUGCGUGAAGGUUUCCUGGAGGACGUUACCGACCUCGAGGACCCGGCGCUGGGGCGUGCGGAGAAGCUGCGUGUGCUGGACCGCAUGUGGCGAUCCUGGGGAGAGGUACUGGGCUGGGGGAGGGUCGCGGGGGAGAUAGGUUUGAAGUAA